AUGAACCGCAAGAAAUCCACCGAAAAGACCCGCAAGGUCACCCCGCCAUCGCCGACGUACAUGGACAAUGGGCAGUUUGGCGGCGCAAGGCCCUUGCCGACCACGAGUAUUCGAAGCCGUGAAGAGCCAUCCACCAUCAAAGACGAUGCCAAUACCAUAAGAACCUCGCCUGCAGGCAUGCCAGAAUUACCAAGUAGUGCCGGGGCGACUCCCAACACCAUAUGUAAUACUUCCACCAGUGUGUCGUCCCGUCUCCCUACGGCAACCACGAAAGCCCACGACUAUCAGUCUACUCAGUCCAAAUCACUUAAAGGACCCUCCAAUCUGUUGCCUAGUGUCAAGUACAUAGAAAGAGGCCAGAGGUGGAUGGAGAAAGAAGAAGCAGGCUCUCUCCGCCAUGCAAUGGAUGACAUGAAGCUUGCCGACAAUCAGAGCACGCAUGACAGCGACGAGCGGAAACUAUACGAUGCAGCACAGGAAGAAGCCUCAGAGCUAGUGUGGCAACAUCGUCAUGGAGUCGAACCUCAACCCAAUGCGCCAUACCGCUACAAGCCCCACAUGAGGAAAAACAGCUAUCAGCACGCUCGCACCGCAAGCUUCGGAAGAAGAACUGGGGGGAACGCUGUGACGUCUCUGGCGGGCGAAGGGGCCUCGUCCAACAGGUCUUCAAUCGACACCAACGUCCAUUCUCGCAGAAGCCGGUUCUCUUUAGGAUACUCACAUGGACCAUCUGCCGACGAAGCACAUAAUGCGAACACGAAGACUCUUGUGCACGAACCUCGUAUGCAACAAGCAGCACAGCCGGCACCCCUUCAACCGGGGAGUCGCCGGGUUAGCACCAAGAGGAAUAUCAGUGGCGAGAUUGAUCGUCCGUUCUCCGGGGACCAGAUCUGGGAAGAACCCGAAGGUACAUUACCUGACAACAACGCCCAUGCCCCGCAAAUGGGUGUAGACGCCCCCUCCACAGCCGCCUCAAGGAAACUCCGGAAUCAAGAUCACCUCACUGCGACUUCGCCUGCUAAAAAAGUCGAUGUGCAGAAGGCAAGGGUCUCGAUCGACGUUCAUCGCGAGCCCCCCAGCCAGUCACGAAACCCACAGUAUACGACCAAUGUUCCCCAUAUCAUUCUUCCAGAAGACCAAGAGACGUGUAGGGACAGUGGGGUCGAAAGACGAAGCGAUGAUAUUCGAGAAGCGACCAGCAUGAGGUUGAAGGACCGCAGUGCCAAGUUGCCCACUCCCACCGCCGUCAGCGACAAUCCAGGACGUCCGAUCGUAAGCUUCGACACAGACUGGAAAGCUCCAGAGGACACGGUUGAUAAGAAGCCAGGAUCAGCUUUCGGCAGCUCAUCCCCAUGGAGAGAACAAUCAGGUCACAUGUCACCUACUAUUCCCCUUAUCGUGAUACCAGACCAGGAUGACAUGGAUUCGGAAGCAUCCCGAUGUCCACCGGCGCCAUCCAUCAUCGUCCAGGGUGCAUGCGAAAUGCCCAACGACAUGCCAGUCAUUCCAUCAAUCGUAACGCCUGAGGAUAGCCAUCAUGGAAUGAGAUCGUCGACACGUCCUCUUCCAACACCGCAGGCACGAGGGGGCAAAAACACAGCCGGCACACGGCCUAGAGGCCACUGGUCGCCAGCUCCCGUAGGGGGCUAUCGAUCGAGCACCUCAUGUCACGAAUGUAGUCUUCCAAUCGAGGGCCGCUUCGUUGCACUUGCUGGUGUCCCAGAACGGUUUCACCCCCAAUGUUUCACAUGCUACUCUUGCGGUACAGGGCUGGAAGCACUCGAAAUCAGUCCUGAGCCUGAAUUGUAUCGUACUAAUCGCCUGAGCAGAAUCAGGCGUAGGGCUGAGGGGGAAGUUCUGGAAGAGACGCCAGGCAUGACAAGAGAAGAGGACGGAGACGAACGAUUCCGGUUCUUCUGUCAUCUGGACUGGCAUGAGCUUUAUGCACCCCGAUGCAAACACUGCAAGACACCAAUCCUAGUUGAUCUUCGGCCGAAUAUCGCAGGAAUGCGAUGUCCUUCGUUCCUAAUAGUAAAAUCCAUGCAUUCAACACCACUACCGACCCUGUGCUGUGAACUGCCAGUCCGUAUUCGCCGUGGGGGUGGCGCAUCAACAACCACCAACUUGUUCUUGGUACACCUCAAGUGUGUCGCCAUCGGCCAUUUCGAGCUAGGCCACAGACGUCAGCACGCUUCGGUUGAAGAGAAUGAGAAUGGCAAAUGCGGGAACUUACUGCUGAAGGUGUAUCUGUGGGUUGAACCCGUUGUCCUUCAAACACAAAACGAACCGUGUUGA